AUGGCUUCCCCCGGUUCCGGGGACCCCAGCCUGGCAGGUGUGUCCCCUCGUCCUGUAGCCACUGCAGGUGAGACGCAUGGUCCCGCCGCGACCCUGGAGCCCCCGUUCCUGGACAUCUACUGCGGGGAUGCACGGCUCUGGGAGGCGCACUUCCGCGGCAUCGGGCGCGCCUACUGCGUGCUGGGCAAGGAGGACGACUUCGCCAUCCGCGUGCUCACGGAGGACUUCACGCUGCCUUUUCCUUUCGCCUGGCCCCCGGGGCCCGACCCGGCCCGCGGGCCGCUCUUCUACGACCCGCGCGACCGCACGGGCUUCGACUUCCUGCUGCGGGGCCCGGACGCGCCGCCCCCCGCGCUGCUGCGGCCCCUGCACAACACGGCGCAGGCGGCGGCGCGCAGACGGCGCCUGGAGCAGCUGGCGCGGAGCACGUGCACGCGGGUGCCGGCCCCCGGCCCGGCCCCGCGCUGCCCCUGCCCGCGCCCACCGGCGGCAGCGCCUUCCCGGGGCCCGUGGGGCCUGAGGCCGCCUCCCCCGGCGGGGGCGCCCCCAGGCUGGGGCACCGGCAGCCUCGCCAGGUCGUUCGCAGCACCGCUGGCGCAGCAGCACAUGGGGCAGGGAUGUGACCUGUCCGCGUGCACGCGGGACCUCUGCUCCUGGAGCCCGCUGGGCAGCAGUGGGGGCUCUGAAUUCCGUGUUCAGCCUGGAAUGAGAGUGAGGGUGGAGGCCAGUGGCAGCCGCGCCUGUGAAGAGCUCAAGGCCGAGGGCACUUCCUGCCAGGGCGAGACCCCCUGGCGUCCUUUUUCCCUCUGCCACGUGACCGGUGGCACUGGGGACAGCGCCUCCUCCGCCACCCUGAGUCCCGGAAGCGCCUGCAGCGUGAGCGAGAAGUAG